AUGAGCACUGCCACCGAAUGGUACAAACGUUUUGCACAACGACAUGAAAACAUUCAGCAUUCACUUGCUGGUGCAGGAGCUGGUGUUGUCUCUUCAGUGGUCACUUGUCCUCUCGACGUUGUCAAGACACGCCUUCAAAACCAAGGGAAGGCUGAAGCCGGUGUCAUCCUCUAUAGAGGCACCUUCGGCACCCUCUCUAGAAUUUGGAAGGAGGAAGGCAUUCGAGGCCUGUAUCGUGGUCUUACACCUACGGUGGUCGGCUACAUCCCGACCUGGGCAAUCUACUUUACUGCAUAUGAUUAUUGUAAAGCACGCUAUGGCAGGAACAUGGAUGCUGACAAGGCUUGGCUGGUCCAUAUUGCAUCGGCGAUGUCAGCAGGAGCAACAUCCAGCUGCAUGACUAACCCUUUGUGGUUGAUCAAGACACGAUUAAUGACUCAAAAUGAAAGGACCGCGUAUCGAUACAAGAGCACGUUGGAUGCAUUCAUCAGCAUUGGGCGUCGGGAAGGCAUUCGUGGUUACUACAAGGGAUUAGGUUCAUCACUUUUGGGCGUGACACACGUAGCAGUUCAAUUCCCACUCUAUGAGAAGCUUAAAACUUAUCUACACGUUGAUGCUGGGUCUCCUGGAUCACUAGCCAUUCUUCUCGCUUCUUCCUUAUCCAAAAUGUCGGCUAGUAUGGCAACCUAUCCACAUGAAGUAAUACGAACACGGUUACAGAACCAAUCAGUCAAGCCUUUCAAAUACAAGGGGAUUUUUCAUGCCAUCAAGGUUAUCAUGGCAGAAGAAAGCAUUCGUGGAUUCUACAAAGGCCUUCCCACCAACCUAUUGCGUACAGUACCAUCAUCCGCUAUGACCAUAUUGACAUACGAGAUGCUUGUCCGAGAGUUGAACGCAUUGAAAGAUCGGUGA